CCUUUCCCUAACGCCAUGCAGCCUGACCUCAGGCCAGGAGACUGCUACCCCCUCCCUCCGCGGCAGCAUCUCCGUGCCAAAACACCGCAGGCUGAGGCCCCCAAACUUCUCCCGCAGCAGCUGAAUGGGCGCUGGAACCUUCGCGUCGCCGCUUCCCCUAACUCCGACGUCGGCAGACAACACUCGGCGUCACCGUACGCCGCUGGAAGGAGAAUGGCGGGGCCCGGCCCACCCCACACCCGAGGCCGCUCCACGUCCCGUCCCGUCCCGCUCCACGCCCGGUCCCCCGCACACCUCCACCGCCGCCGCCACCGGCCCCGCUGCCCGGAUGUGCUUUCCGCGCUCACUUCCGCGCGGGGCCGCACUUCCGGGGCAGCCUGCGGUGCCGCUCUGCACCUCGCCUCGGUGGUUACGGUCCGCCCGGCGGGGCUGCGAGCGGCUGGCGGCCCGGCCCGGCGGGUGAGGCGGGGACGGCACAGGAACGGGCACUGCAGCCUGCACCGGGGAGGCGGAGCUGGUUUUCGGAGGGCUGAGGGCGCAGGGGGCUCGAAGGGCCCUUUUGUGGGACGGGGAGUCCCCAGAGGAGUAAUCAUGUCUGAGAAAGACAGCAGUGAAAGUCUGAAGGAAGAAACCUCUCGGGAAGGUGAAAAUGAACAGAAAGCUGAAGAACUUAGCUGUGAUAAGAGCGGUGAAGUAAGAGAGCAAGAGUCUGAGCCUGUGCCUGUGACUCGGAAAAGACCUGAGCCCAAACCCCCAAGUCAGCCUCCUGCCACAGAAAAGCCUGCAGCUGAAACCCUCAAGGUCUCAGAUUCUCCAGCUGUAGUUCAGACAGGAUGGGGGUACUGGGGAAGCUGGGGGAAAUCUCUACUGUCAACUGCAACUGCCACUGUAGCUACUGUAGGUCAAGGUAUUUCAAAUGUCAUAGAAAAAGCAGAAACAACCCUUGGGAUCCCCAGUCCUAGUGAAAUAUCUUCAGAGACUAGAGAUGCUACAAGAGGAAAGGAGAAUCCUGGUGCUGGCAACACAGAUGCAGUUGAAGAUGGCAGUUCCUUUCCUAUUGCUGGGGCUCUUGGAGUUUUAUCCACCAUCUCCACUGCUGUUCAAAGCACAGGGAAGAGUGUUAUUACUGGAGGUCUGGAUGCCUUGGAAUUCAUUGGGAAAAAGACAAUGGAUGUAAUAGCUGAGGGAGACCCUGGAUUCAAAAAAACCAAGGGCCUGAUGAUCAGAACCUCUACCUUAUCUCAGGUCUUAAGAGAGGCAAAAGAGAAAGAAGAGCAGCAGACAGCUACUGAGGUUGCCAUGGCUACGGAGAAGAAAGCCCAUUAUGGGUUACUGUUUGAUGAGUUUCAGGGUCUUUCGCAUCUGGAGGCUUUAGAGAUGCUUUCCAGAGAGAGUGAAUCAAAGGUGAAAUCAGUUCUAAAUGCCCUCUCUGGAGAAGAGUUGGACACGCUGGAGGAAGAAAUGGAACAGCUCAAAGAAGCGUUUUCUUUACCUGAGUUCUUUGAAGAGGAUGAGGAAGAAAAGAAAGGAGAUGAGGAGUUCACAAGAGAAGUGACAGAGUUGUUUUCAGAGCUGCGUGUCUCCACAAAGCCAGACAAGCUGAUCGUGGUGAGGACAUCUGCUCAUGAAUGGAUAGAACAAUUCAAAAGUAGUCUUCCUAAAGAAGAAAAAGAGAAUGAAGAAAACCAAGAAGUAGAAUCCAGAGAUGGUGACCGUGAUGCUAAAACAUCAGUAGAGGACAUUCAUGCAUUUGCCAUAAGAAGCCUGGCUGAGCUGACAGCAUGCUCCAUCGAGAUGUUUCACAAAACUGCAGCUUUGUUUCUGCAUGGUGAGAAACAAGAGGUGGCAGCCACAGACAGAGCCAAGUCCCUUUCGCAAAUGACUAUUAUGCUGUGUAAAGAACUAUCAGCCUUCUCUAAAGAGUUCACUACGUGCUUGACGACUGCAGGGGUCAAAGAGAAAGCAGAUGUGCUUAAUCCCUUAAUCACUGGAGUGUUUUUGGAGGCUUCAAACAGUGCUUCAUAUAUCCAAGAUGCCUUCCAGCUCUUGCUGCCUGUACUGCAGAUCUCUCUUAUUGAGGCUAGAACGGAACUAUCACAUUCCUAGGCUGGAGAGAAUAGAGCAGAGUGGAUUCCUUACCUAGCUCUUGGUGCUGAAGAGGAGCUGGAGCUUCCUGAAGAUGUCUGUUAAUGACUCAGGGAUGUGGGACAAGGACUCUCACUAGGGUGCUCUUUCUCAUUCUCUUGCGGAGUGCAAGCAUCAGCACGAGCUGGCAAAAUGCUGAUCUGGCCCUAAGAAUGUGGGUAUUUUGUUUUUCAGCAAUAAUCGAGAACUGGCUAGCAGGAAUUGGUUUGUGUUUGGGCAGUUUAAUGAAAAAAAUUAGCAGGAGGAUUCCUUUUCUUCAGUGCAGCCUGACCUGUCAGCCACAGACUGUUCACAAACCCUUAUAUUACUUUUCCCCUUUUUCUGUAUGAAACCACUCUAAUGCAAUGCUCUUUCUUCUUGGAAAGUAUAUUAAAGUAGGGGCAGAGGAAGCAAUUUGGUUCUGUUAGCAAGAGUCCUAAUUUGUCUCAGAAGCUGCUCCACAUACGGUACCUGUUUCUUUGUGCUGUGAAAGUUUCCUGCUUUGUUCCUUUUUGCUAUUUCUAUCUUUUGAGCUUGUCCGUGGGGAGGGAGCAGCCUCUGUUAGAAUCACAAGAGCAGAAAUGCACAGCUAAAAUGGAGCUUCAAGAAGUCCAGAAUAGCUAACCAAAGGUGACUGAGUGUCACACCUGCCUCUCUACUUGCUCACAGUAACAAUGAUGCUCAAAUCCCAUUUCAAAAAUCUUCUGGGUUUUAGCAGGUCUUGCACAUUUUCUGCUGUACUGAAGGCUUAACAUUCCUCUGCUCUAUUUGUGCAGCAGAGAAGUGGUUUUCAUUAUUAAAAUACCUUUUGGGUAA